UCGACGGCGAAGGCGGAGCCGCCGAGCGGCGCAUGAGCGGCGCUGGUUUCCCCUCCUGCGGGCGGGAAGCCGAGAGCAGGGCCUUUUUUCAAAACAGACAUGCCUUUACUUCCUACGCUUUGCCCCGCUACUUAGGCUGAAGCGAAAACCUGGCCGAUCUAGGCCUCCACGCCGUGAGGUAAACAGCGGGGGAAAGUGAAGACAGUAGUCGUUGGGCCUUUGUGCUUCCCUCCCUGUGCUGCGCUUGUGGAAGGCAGGCAGGCAGGCAUGCCGCUGAGCAAAGCCCAGUACGGAGAGGUGGCCCUUUUCCUGGCCCAGGUGGCCCCCACCAGGCUGGGCCUGAGGCAGCUGAAGGCCAGGUUCCCCAGUCAAUCGCAGUCCACUCUGCUGAGCAUCUUCUCCCAGGAGUACCAGAAACUAAUCAAAAGAACACAUGCCAAGCACCAUACUCCAGAGGCGACUGAAGCUUACUAUCGCAGGUACCUGAAUGGAGUGAUAAAAAAUGCAGCUGCUCCAGUACUAUUGGAAAUGGCAAAUGAGGUGAGUUUUGCCCCAUCAUUGAUGGCUCGAAUAGUGUUGGAAAGAUUUGUACAGGAACAAGAUGGAUCAAUCCCUUCCAAAACUCUUAUAAACAGUAUGUUGCGGGACCCUUCUCAGAUUCCAGAUGGAGUCUUAGCCAACCAGGUCUAUCAGUGUACUGUGAAUGACUAUUGUUAUGGACCACUGGUGGACUGCAUCAAACACGCAAUUGGACAUGAGCACGAAGUCUUACUGCAAGAAAUGCUUUUGGAGAAAAAUAUAUCAUUUUUAGCUGAAGAUCAGUUACGUGCAAAUGGUUAUGACAAAACACCAGACUUCAUAUUAGAAGUGCCAGUUGCUGUAGAAGGUCAUAUCAUUCACUGGAUUGAAAGUAAAGCUUCUUUUGGUGAUGAAUGCAGCCAUCAAGCUUACCUACAUGACCAAUUUUGGAGUUACUGGAACAGAUUUGGUCCAGGGCUGGUUAUCUACUGGUAUGGAUUUAUCGAGGAGCUGGAUUGUCAUCGCAACCGUGGUAUAUUGCUAAAAGACUGCUUCCCUGAAGAUAUAGUUACUCUUUGAGAAGGUAUGGCUGAGCCAUGAAUGGAAGAAAAUUUAGAGGAAAAGACAAAUCCGGAAGUGAUUUUAUUUUCCUCCAGUAUAAACUACUGGCAACAUCUGCGCUGAACUUGGGUUGAACUCUUUACUGCCUAGGAUCACCCUACUAGUACUUCAGAUAAACACAUCAAGGGUUUCUGUUUUACUUCAACCCUCUGCUGAUGCAAGCAGCCAAAAACUACAGACACAGCCCAAAAAAGUAUCAGCAUUUCUGUCUCUGUCAAACAGUUUAUAGAUAGCUAUAAUCUUUCUUCCUUCCGGAGGGCUCUCCUUACACUUUCAACAAAAGAAAUGUGGAGGCUAAAAGGUGUGGUUUUCAGUUUUCCCCCCAGUUAUGAGGUCACCUCAGGAAAAAUGCCUUCUGUCACACAAAUCUUUUUCUGGUCAGUGUUAUGAAACAAACGAAUGCAAACUUGGUUAAUACUAAAGCAUUCAGAUUGUGCCAACCUAAUGCAGUGCAUAGAGGAUAACAAAGCUUGCCAUCUGGCAAGGCAUUGUUGUAACUCUGAACUUCCUGGCUUCCAAGGCAUAAAGUCAAACCAUUGGCAUUUUAAUGUAAUUUUAAUUGCUGAUAUAUGAGCUACUUAUUUUCAUUAGCUAAAUGAUAAAGAUAAUUACAGAAUUUUUGUUUCCUGAGAGAUUAUUUUAUAUGUGAAAUCAAAACUCAAAAAUGUGUAGCAGACAUUUUAAUACAGAUGUUUGAAAGUUAAAUAAAGUGAAACAUAUUUGAACUUGCGUCUCUUAUCCUAGAAAUCUGAUUGAUGUCUUACCCACUCUGUAUCAACAGGUUUCAGGGCAAGGCACAGCCAAUAAAGCCAAUAUGAAACCAUGAAAACAAUGCAAAUACUUUAGAACAAUAUAAACAAUUCAAACAGUUGCCCUCACACUGAGAAUUCCAGUGCUAUCACUUUAGUGCAGACCCCAUUUGGGGUCAGGACUCACAGUAGCCCUCAAAUUCCUGACCUUUGAACAAGCUGGCAAGGGCUUCUGGAAGUUGGAGGCUCAAACAGCUGGGGGGCAUAGUUUGAGAGUGCCUGCCUUAGCUCAAUGUUGGGGGUUCCCAAAACAACUGAUAUCAGUAAAAGUUUUCUGAGCAUCAGCUAGUGACUAUUUUAGACAUUUAUACAAUUGUUGUGCAGUGUUUAUAGUGGAUUCUGCAGGUCUUAGCUCUACUUAAGGAAAAGGAAAAUCACCCUGUCUAGCAGGGCUUGCAAAUGAUGAUUUGCUAUCAGUAAGUGUUUGAUGUUUAUACUUAUUUCAUAUCUCUAUAGACCUGAGGUUGCAAAAGGAGUCACGAGUGGAAAUGUUUAAGAAGCCUUGGGCUCUAGACCAUGGGCUAGCUGUCUGGCUUUUAAAAAAAAAGAAAAGAAAAGCUACAUCAUGCAUAAACAAUACUCUGUUUGUCAUUUUUUUAUUGUUUUCUGCUUGGUAAAUAGACAUUAUAUUAAGGUCAAAUGGACCUUAUUGGAUGUUUUUAAUAAUGAAAAGAACUUUUUGGAAAGCUCCUGUAAUUCAUUUAUGUUCAACAUAAUCCAAGCAGUUAAUUGGUUUGUUUGCACUUAAAAGAUGGCAGAAAAUAGUGCUGUAUAUAACAAACUGGUAUUGUCCAGAAAUAGCAUUCAAGGUGCUACUGUCUGGCAUGUUUAAAACCUUGAACAUGGUGGAAAUGAACAGAUGUAGAAUUAUUGCAAUAUGAAACCGAAGGUGAGGGUUUCUCGGAGUGUAAAAGCCUCUGAGGGUAAAACUGGUAGUACAUCUGCAUUCUGUUGUGUGAAAUAAUCUGUAACAGCAGCCUUUGUAAGAUGGCCUAGUAGUUCUCCAUCUCCAUCUCUUUGGAAUAAAUUAAAUUUAUCUGCACAGAUGUUAAAAAUUGUACUCAAGCCUCAUCUAAUCUUUGUUUUGUUUGGAUUUUACAUUACAUUUAUGUUCAGGAAUGAUAAAUAAAAUGUGGCGCUCGUAUAUUGGGAUUUAUACUCUUCCAUAACAUAACAGGUUGGGAGGCAAUACUAUAUCUUCAAUCAAAGUUUUUGACUUUAUAUACACUCCUUUCUGUGUAAUGAUUUUUUUUAAGUGUGUGAUACAAAAGACAUGAUGUUGAGCUGCUUUAACUAUAAGUCUUAGCAGAACCAAAAUUAUUUUAAAUAUUACUAAAUUAAAAAUUGUAUUUUCCUUUA